AUGGCAGCUGCAGAAACACUUGGGUCGGUGGCUAGAAUUUUUUUGGCAAGAAUUGGGGUCCUGUGGCUGCCUGCAUAUGUUGCUUCGGUACGUACGAGAAGGAUAGCGCACAAAAAUGACAAUGGGGAGGAUAUGAAAAAUGAAGCAAAAGAAGUGACGCCAGUUCUGAAGAUUGGUUUGAUGGAUAAUAAAUAA